AUGAUUCUUGAAUCUUUUUCUCAAGUUACAUCCCGUGAUAAUGCUAUUUUAGAACUACCGUACUAUCCAGGACUUAAAUUAGAAGCAAGCUAUAAUUUAGGAAAUGACGCAUACUUCCAUUCUUAUGUUUCUUUCCGACCAUUAAAAAUUAGUAUUGUUCCUGGACCAAACGGACAGUAUAACUCAAUUCAAAAUCAAACAGCAGUUGCAUACACAACCUUUAAAAAGACAAUCAACAAAAAUAUUUAUCUUCUUACACUUGGUAACCAAAAUUCAUCAUUUUCUCUCUAUUUUAAACAAAUUCCUAAGGUUAACAUCAUGAGCAGAUUCCAAAUUGGCGAUGGUAUGCUCAGUCCUGCGAUUAAAUUUUCAUAUCUUGGUAAAUACAUUCAUCCUGUCAUCCAAAUAAGCGGUGCCGCACAAAAAUUAAUUGAUGUACAAGCUAAUGACUUCAAGUUUUACAACUUCUCUUUAGUUAAUUCGAUGCAAAUUUCAACAACAAUUGGUAGACCAGAUUUAAUGCUUGGUGUUCAGUACAUAAAGUCAUUAAGACAGCAAGGAGUUUACUCUCUUUCUACUUUUGUUCGCAAUGAAAACGAGAAAAGAGUAUUAUCGCUAUCUUUUGUCAAAGAAGAUGUUUCAUUUGUUGCUUUACAGUAUAUUAGAAAGCUAAAGAACUGGAAUUUUGGUAUUUCAUACGCAAUUUCGACAGCUUUGUUACCUUAUCUUACAAUUGCUUCAACUGUUGAACUUGGUCGCUCUAAAGUACAAACCAAUGUUUCUGAUAAGUUGAUCAGCUCAUUAUACUCUUACAAAGUUUCUGAUAACAUGAAUUUCGAAAUUUGUGGAACUCUCAACCACAAAGCGAAAUCAUACACGAUUGGACUUGGAUUUGUAUUUAAUCCAGAUGACUUUGUUUCUACAUAA